AUGAGCAAGACACCGGCAAAGUCUCCUGGAGCGCGAGGAUCCUUAAAGGCGCGUUCGCCUAUUGCUUCUGAGGAAGAACGAGAGCAAGCUCUACGUGACUACAAAGUUACUAUUGAGUACAAACACCUCAAAAGCCAUGCACCCGGAGGAGUCUAUUUGAUCCCCUCCAUGAACGAUUUGAGGCACUUUUUUGGAAUCAUCUUUGUCCGCCGAGGCCACUUUACCAACGGCAUUUUCAAGUUCCAACUGCGGUUGCCUCCGCGAUACAACGAUGCCAACAUGUGGCCCGAAAUUACAUUUUCGUCUCAUGUAUUUAAUCCUUACGUCGACCCCAAGACGGGACAGCUAGAUAUCAAAUCGACCUAUCCCUCCUGGGAUCCUACACGACACUAUUUGGUCACGGUGCUCACCUUUCUCAAAAAGAUUUUCUAUGCCAAAACCGUCAAAGAUGCAUCGGCCAAUCCAGAAGCCAAAACUCUGAUGGAAACAGAACCCAACGAGUAUCAAAAGAGGGUCGAUGCCUGUGUCAGAGAAUCGCAAAAGGCUGUCUUUGUCAAUGAAACAGGAAGUACCACCAAGGUAACGGAUGAACAGCUGGCACAUCGCGUGUUGAUUGAUCUGUUGAAGCAAAAUGUGCAGGACCCGGCGCAAGUCUCCAAAGCGGCCAUUUUGAGUAUGAUUGAUCAUGCCAGCAAAGUGUAA